AUGUCAGGGAAGAUCGACACCAACAAUGACAUUUACAGGCUCGCCGCCUGCCCUUUCAUUAUGGAAAGAAAGGGAGACUACGAUGAUGCUAUUCGGAUGUACAAAAGCGCAAUCGACAUUCUAGGUGAGGCGACAAAGACGUUCAAGAAAGGAAACGUGCGCAAGGUCAACCGCAAGAUGUUCGAGCGCCAAGUCCAGGUUCAUCGCGAGCGCCUAGCUUAUCUAGAGAGGUUGAAAAAGAAAGGUAGUUAUGAGGGCAUAAUAUUGCCGCCAACGAUCUUGGAUGCAAUGGAAGAAGUGGAGAAACAGAACGAAAAGAGUUGGACACUGACUCAGAUUCGCAAAGAUCUACACGCUUUUCGCGGAGAGGGCCUCAACACAACUGGAGCGGAUAUCAGCACAGCUCCACAACACCUUCAACCGUUUCUCAAUACCGACCCGUCCACACGUCCAUUCUUCUCAUUGACUCUCUCACCUUCAGCACCCACGGUCACAUAUCGUAUAACCCAUUCAUCGGAGCUAGUCGAUUUGGGCCUGCGGUCACACUGGUUUUUUGUGAAAGAUUCGACAAAUACGCACGUCCUGUAUGCCCUCCAAUGCCUCUGGAGCAACGAAGUCCCAAUCGUCGAAACCGUCCUGCGACGCGCAGGCGAAUUCCUCCCCCAGAUCGGUGCGACGAGCGUCAAGCUACGAAAGCAGAAAGGCGGUACAUUCCGCAUGGAGACACGCACUAUCCCUGAUAUGGGCGCUAUAAUCGAAAUCCCGGAUGGCGAGAUGCAGCGUAAAGAUUGGUCGCCUCGUCGGUUUGAGUAUGGGGGGCGGAACUUUGUGUGGAAAAGCGGGGGUGCGGAUGGGAAGAAGGGGGAUGGCGGGAUGUUUGGGGCAUUCGGGUUUGCUUGGGAGUCUUUAUAUGAGACGAAGCGGGUUUGGGCUAAGGGUGGGAGUCGGACUGGGAAGAUGGAGGAUGAGACUGUUGGUCCUAAGCUUUGCUGGGGUGAGAAGAAAAGUGGUGAUGGAGCUGAUCAUAGUAUGCAUAUGGUUGCGGGGUUGGAUUUGUAUUUCAGGGAGCAUUUGCUUGCUGUGCAGUUGUCGAGGUUGGCGCGUGUUAGUUACCCUCCUGCUAAGGAUACUACUGGGGUUGAAGUUGCUGCUGCUGGGUUGGGAUGGCUGUCUAUUGUCAGUUCAUUGGCUUGA